GCCCGCGCCCCGCCCGGUGCCGCCAUAUUGUGGCCGCCGCCGCCGGAGCCACCGCCGGAGCCGCCGCGAUGGAAAACUAUCGAAUGAAGAGUUACAAGAACAAAGCCCUAAAUCUGGAGGAAAUGAGACGGAGAAGAGAAGAGGAAGGAAUUCAACUGCGCAAACAGAAACGAGAGCAACAGGUAACUGUCAUCUUGAGUAGGUUGUGUUCAGCCUUAACACAACCAAGAUUGUGCUGCUGCCUAACUGGAAUCUUCAAGGAUCUGUGCAUUAAGCUCUUUAAAAGGAGGAAUGUGGAGUUGAUCAAUGAGGAUGACUCCAUGUGUGAUAGUCACCUUGUGGAUUCCUACGUUAGUUCCACAACAUGUGGGGAGGGAUUGAUCACAGGAGAGAUGGUAGAGAUGCUUUUCUCAGAUGACCCUGACCUACAGCUGGCAACCACUCAGAAAUUCAGGAAAUUGCUCUCCAAAGAGCCAAAUCCUCCAAUAGAUGAAGUGAUAAACACUCAGGGAGUGGUGGAGAGAUUUGUUGAAUUCCUGAAAAGAAGUGAAAAUUGCACAUUACAGUUCGAAGCUGCGUGGGCACUGACGAAUAUUGCAUCAGGGACUUCCCAACAAACCAAAAUAGUCAUUGAGGCUGGGGCAGUUCCCAUAUUUAUAGAGCUGUUAAACUCUGACUUUGAGGAUGUUCAGGAGCAGGCUGUCUGGGCAUUGGGGAACAUUGCUGGAGACAGCUCUGUGUGUAGAGAUUAUGUCCUUAACUGCGCUAUCCUUCCUCCCUUAUUAAUGCUCCUUACGACGUCCACCAGGUUGACAAUGACACGAAAUGCUGUCUGGGCCUUGUCAAACCUGUGCAGAGGGAAGAGUCCCCCACCUGAAUUUGAUAAGGUGUCUCCCUGCCUGCCAGUGUUGUCCAGGUUGUUGUUCAACAGCGACUCUGACCUGCUGGCAGACGCCUGCUGGGCCCUUUCCUACCUGUCAGAUGGUCCCAACGAGAAGAUCCAGGCAGUGGUGGACUCGGGAGUGUGUCGGCGGCUGGUGGAGCUGUUGAUGCACAAUGACUACAAAGUGGCCUCCCCAGCUCUGCGGGCAGUUGGCAACAUCGUGACGGGGGAUGACAUCCAGACCCAGGUGAUUCUAAACUGCUCAGCCCUGCCUUGUCUCCUUCAUUUAUUAAGCAGUCCCAAGGAAUCCAUCAGGAAAGAGGCGUGCUGGACCAUAUCCAACAUCACAGCGGGAAACAGGGCACAAAUACAGGCAGUGAUAGAUGCCAACAUUUUCCCGGUGCUGAUAGAAAUCCUGCAGAAGGCGGAAUUCCGCACGAGGAAAGAGGCAGCCUGGGCCAUCACCAACGCCACCUCAGGAGGGACUCCUGAGCAGAUCAGGUACCUGGUAAAUUUGGGUUGUAUCAAGCCUCUGUGUGACCUGCUGACUGUCAUGGACUCCAAGAUUGUUCUGGUGGCAUUGAAUGGGCUGGAGAACAUCCUGAGGCUGGGAGAGCAGGAAGCCAACCAGAGUGGGACUGGGAUCAACCCCUACUGCAGCCUGAUCGAGGAGGCCUAUGGUUUGGAUAAGAUAGAAUUCCUCCAGAGCCACGAGAACCAGGAGAUCUACCAGAAAGCCUUUGACCUGAUCGAGCACUACUUUGGGGUGGAGGACGACUCCUCCGUGGCCCCCCAGGUGGAUGAGAACCAGCAGCAAUACAUCUUCCAGCAAUCCGAGGCCCCCAUGGAUGGUUUCCAGCUAUAAUGUGCCCUGGGGAGAAUUAAAACACGCCACAAACUUUCUGGAAAAGCACCUGGGAGCAGCUGCUGGCCCUUGCUGGGAAGGCUGAACAACACCCUGAGUUUAGGAAACUCUUCUUCCUUCAAACAAAAAAAUACAAACGGCGCUCGGUCCUUGCGGAAAGAAGGGGAUUCUUCUUAUCCUUGUUUCUUUUGGCUGCUGCACACGUGUCUUUAAUGCAGGAGGGACACGGAGGUGACAAAGUGGCACCUCCUGGUGGCUUGUUCUUUGUGGUGGUCCCUCCCAAAUGCAGUUCUUACCUCGGGUACUCCCGUGAGGCUCCGGCGUUGGCUUGGGUGAGGACACAGAUCAGAGAGGGAGUUUUCUGGCCACAAUAAUUCUGGAAAACGUGGGUUGAUCUAUUUAAUUUUUAAUUUUUUUCUUUUUUUUUUUUUUUUUUUUUUUUUUUUUUUUUUUGCACAUGUUACUCUAUUAAAGACUCUUUAAUUGGCCAAGAGCAAAGUUUAACCCUGGCCUUCCUCCUUCAGUGGACAGUCCUGGGUGAACCCAGGCCGAGUUCCCUGAAAAAAACGGACAGAAAAACAGGGAAGUUCUCCCACUCUUGGGAAGAUUUUUUUUUUUUUUUUCUUUCUGCUGCUUCCCUUUUGUCUAGAUUUUAUUUUGUUUGUUUGUUUUUGUUUUUUGUUUUUUUGAAGAACUGCUAGUGGUAUUUCCAUGGAUUUAAAAAAAAAAAAAAAACAAACAAAAAAAAGCAACAAGAGCCCAAAGAUGGGAACUGGGGUGGGGUUUUUUUUUCGGAGCAGGAAGCACAGCUACCAUUGCACAGGUUUGGUUUGCAUUGUACUGACUGACACCAGAGCUCUGAAAUGCUGAAACCCACCUUCAUCUUUACUUGAAAUACUUUAUUUUCCAUGAGAACAUGGGCUGAAUGCUGGGGGGUUUUUCCUGCCUUGGGGUGGUUUGAUGACUUGGAGGAAGGCUUGGUGGUGACAGGGGUGGUGGGAGCUCCAGCAGCACCAGGUUUUCAGGCUUACAUCCUGCUCACAGUUGUGAUAAUGUACAUUUUACUUCCAAAAAAAAAAAAAAAAGGCAAAUCUCUGUAUUUUUUAUAUUAUAUAUAGGUAGAUAUUUGUCUAAUUGGGCCACAGAGAAAACUAUAUAUGGAAUUUCUGCAAUUCCUGUAAAUAAAGCGCUGUGAGGCAGGAAACCACCUGGAAACCCACGGGCUCAGGGGUGUCCUGCUGCCUCUCCUGUUCCCUCACGUCCUAUCUGUGUGAACACGGAGCUGCCUAAGCCCCCUUUGAGUGACUUUGCCACGAUUUCAUUAAAAACAGAGGAGAACACA